UAGCAAUGUACUGUACAUGGACAGAUAGGGCUCCAGCUCCCAGGAAUAAGGUAAACUUAGUAAAUACAUUCAACCCCCCGGAUUUUUUACUUUGCUCCGCACUCUUCCUUCUGAAAUAACUCGGUAUAUCGAGUUUGCUCAUACGUAUCUGGUUCCCGCUAUUCACCUCUCAGCUGUUACCUUAAUCUUAUACAUACGGCACGGCACAGUACCUCGCCUCAUCUGGCUGCUGUGCUGUACAUACACACAUACCUACCUACCUUACCUUACCUUACCUUACCUUACAUAUCGACGCCUCAGGUCUGACCUCGAGGUUAAUCUUGCCAAUCAAAGAGUCCCUUUCCAGUAUCAUCUCACUCGGUCUUACUACUGGUCACAUCCCCUGGGUCAAACGGCAACGGAAUAUCUAGCGAUUCAACUCCGCUUCUCUUUCUGUGUGUGUUAUCGCGCAAGCGCUCAUUUGGGCGACUAUCAUAUCGACAAAGGCUGCACUACAUCCCCCAAAUAACGCGCAUUACCACGGCUAGAUUCACCACCGUAUUUAGCCACGCUCUUUUCGCAUUCAGCCUGGCACUUCAAGUUCACCGCAUUUACGCCGCAAAUCCCACCUAACCUGCGCUUACAGCCAUACUCGCGACUCACAUCCGACCUCAACGUGCCUGGACGACUUACCGACGCCAACUUUACUGUUCUCCUUUUGACGCCGCAUUGGUGGCAUUUGUUGCUCAUGCUGAGCGACCAACGUUAGUAUACGAAUAUUCGCUCGCAAGUCGUCUGCCCAGAGCUGUGCGCGCACAUCUGCUUCCAACUCCACGAUAUCAUUAUUCGACCACUUCUUCUUUUCGCAUCCUCCGACUCACCAAGCUUUCUUUGGUUGUGCAGUUACCGUUCAAGUCGCACCACGGCCAUUCACCAGGUGCAAGAUCCCGCCGACUGAUCAAGAGCUCCCGAACGCUUUAAACCCCCCCACGAGGGGCCAUGGCGAGUUGAGCAACCACCGUCAACGCGACAAAGAUGACCACAGCUACGCACCACCAGCACCAACCGCCACAACCCCAUCUCGGCUUCGUCGUCGAUACAUACGACCCGGAUGACGUGGUUCCUCGAGGAAGCCCUCUCAUGACCCCGCUUCGUCCAAAGCUCGAGCCGUCUCCAAGUCCUCCCCCAGAUAUUCCUGCAGCUCAAGUCAGUCUGAGUCCCACCUCUAUCGACGGUCGCGCCAAGUCUAAUCGCCACAAGGUUCGUCCCACUUCUGGGGAUGCUGUCCUAGUCGCAUAUCUCGACAAUGGACGCGAUCCCGAUAUAGCACGAGAAGCUGCCCGCGAAAGUCUUCCAGGCGACGAAGACUCACCGGAUGAAGAGCCACGGCGAGAACGGGCCGUCGACGGCAAUCUCAUGAGCGGGCCUCUGCUCCAGCACCUGGCCGCUGACGCUCUACAGGCUGCUUCUAUUGCGACAGCACCGCCGUCUCUCGCCGCCUCGGUCCCAAAAACGAUCCCCGAUAUAUCUAUACCGACUGGGCAGCUUUCUAUCCACGACGAGCCCCCGAUCAACGGUUUGUCUGCACCGCGAUAUAUUUCCGGUAAUAGAGUCACGUCGCCACUGAUCUCUUCCUCUAAUGGACCCUUGCCGCCGCUUCAUCAUGCAGUUCGCGCACCAGCAGGCGAGUCCAAGGAGACUCUUCCGUCACAAUCUCUCCCGUCUCUUCGUUCGACUUUUGGUGAGCUCCGAGACUUACACCCAGAGCGUCCAUCCGAGCAGGAUCUUGGCCGUGUCCCUCCAGGUCUAUCCUCCACUUUCCCUACUUCUCCAGCUGCAAACUUAGGGCACAGGUUUAGUUUGAAUACUAAUCUCCCGUCGUCGCCCCGUUCACCACCAGAUGGAUACCGAACACUCUCCCCUCAUUCUGCGCCAAGUGCUAGUAUGCAUUAUUAUCCGACAAAUGGUAACCACCCUCGCGCUCCGACCGAAUACAGUAGUAGCAAUGCUGGCGAGACUCCGAAUACCGAUCACUCUGCUUCCACCCCUGCCACAUCAACCUCAAUCAACUCAACCUCAAUUACUGAUCGGAUGAGUAUUGAUGGGAUCACACAUCCGCAGCCUCUUUCCGGCUCGUAUACGUGCACUGUUGCUGGAUGCAAUGCGGCGCCUUUCCAGACUCAGUAUCUCCUCAACUCUCACAUGAAUGUACACUCAUCUAUACGGCCACACUAUUGUCCAGUCAAAGGGUGUCCAAGAAGUGAAGGGGGCAAGGGCUUCAAAAGAAAGAAUGAAAUGAUAAGACAUGGCCUGGUUCAUGACUCCCCGGGCUACGUCUGCCCCUUUUGCCCUGAUAGGGAACACAAAUAUCCACGCCCAGAUAAUCUUCAGCGACACGUCCGUGUUCAUCAUAUAGACAAAGACAAGGACGACCCGCAACUGAGAGAUGUACUUGCUCAGCGACCAGAUGGACCUAACCGUGGUCGAAGAAGACGCGGCCCACCGGCGUAAACGACUGUUGUAGGCUGGCAUACGAACCUGGCUGCUGAGAGGGGACGCUGAACGAGCACGAUUAACGAUUUACGCCAACCGAAAUGUGAUGGGAAGCGCUCUUUGCUUUGGCGUUAUAUGUAUGAGUACCUGGCGAUUUGACGGGUCGGGCGACUGAAGGCUUCUCGCAUGUUGCCAAAGGUCAUUGAUUAAGCGGAGUGAGGAUUUGGAGGUACAGACAAGGCGUUCAGGAUCUCAAAUACCCGGUUGGGUCAGAUUUCGUUCAAUAUUUUAUUUUCUAGGAGUAUACCACUUGCGCCAGUGUGGCGUUGGCUAGCGAGCGUACACCUUGUUCGAUUCUACCUUCAUAUUCAGCAUGAUACUGUGUUGAACAUAUAUUUAUCAUUUCUCUCAGUCGAUACAUGUAUCCAUCUUCUCGUGCUUCGCAUUUGGAUGUAUUUGUCAUGCGAUAUAUGGACCCUAUAUACGCGUGCUCAAAUUCACUGACUGGCACAGUGACUUUGGCUAGACGAGCGCCCACGGCCCUACAUUAACAGGUCCAUCACUGUGAAUCUCUAUCUCAAUACACUCUCCUACCUGAGGUGCGCCCAUACUCUCAAUCACUAACCACAUGCCCUCCCGCUGUAUCCUGGCUGGCUCCAUGUCAAGCUCAGGGGUUCGCACGAUUGUUUUGAGUUCUUCGUAUUCGCCGUCGCCUGAAGUUGCGAUCGUGAUUCGCUCAGGAUCCCAUCCAUGAGCCACGGAAAGUCGUACCAUCAGAGUGGAUGAGGGCCGGUUACUAGGAUCGAAGCCCGGGCUCAUGACGCUGCGCGCCGUGACACUCAUUCGAGUCAACCAAGACGCCGAUAAUUGUGCACGCCUGACUUCUUCACCGUCUGAGAGCUGGAAAGGGCUCAGUGUCUUGCGGAGUCUCCCAGCAGCAUCGGCGGGUACGGGUUGUACUUCCACGUUCGCCAUGGAUGAAAUGCGGAGGGCAAAGUCUGCCAAUUGGCCUUGAUCGAAAGUUGAACACACCACAGUAUACACUCCAGCAUCAAUUUGUGGAAUGUUGACCACAGCACAGCCUCGACGAUAUUCCCCAGAUGAGCCCGCAAGAUCCCGAGCCUUGAGUGUCUGCACCCGCUUGCCCUGGGACCAGACUAAAUCGAUAUGCACAUGGAUAUCCUGCAUAUCUGUUGACAAUAAGACAGAUAAAGGCCCUGCUUGAGCAAGUGAUAGCUUGUACUGGGGGUUUGUAGCGUAGGUCGUGCAAGCUGCACUGCCUCCUGCAGUCCUCCUGGUCCACGAGCCAGCGAUCUCCCUUGUGCAAGCCAUUGCGUCUUCAGCUUCUUUGACUGCAAGCUGAUGUUGGGAGAGGAAAGAGAGAGUGAGGGUGUAGUCUGGUAGCGGGAACUCGUGCUGGUCGACAACGAUGGUAUAUCGUCUCCCUGGGCUCGUGUCGAAACGAGCGAGAGUCUGCGGAGAGUCGACAUAAGGUCCACGAUAGACAUCACCAUCGCUUACUUGCACUCUGUGGCCGUCGUUUUCGAAGACGAGAAUGCUCAUGUAACCAAGUUGUCCAGAGACAGCUGCCAUUGAGUCGGUCUUGUUCCGAGCAAUUUCCAACUCUUCGUCCACAAAAUGUCUACUCACGAGAAUCCACACUGGCCCGCCAGCUUGCGACUGGAGUGAGUACUGUGGGUUGCGCACCAACGACGAAGACAACUCCGGGGGAGGCAUGUGCCAGGUAAAGUGAUGAUCCUGACGAUGGGGAAAUAGAGCAGGGUUCCAGUUUAGGUACAUGGACUCGAAGUGUUGAAGGACAUCUUCCAGGGUCAUCCAGAAAGAGCCAGCGACUGAAGGGGGAGAUUUGUGUUGAGGCCUGGCGGCAUAUGGGGUUGGCGAUUCGGCAUCAAAGGGCUGAGGAAUGCCUCCUUUCCAAACCGGUCCGUCACACCAAGGGUUCUUGACCAAAAGCCUCCGGCUGUCGCCGAUCAUUUCAAGAUCCAUGAUGGCAUAGUCGUGCUCUCCAAUAAGACCCAGGAUAUCCUCUUCUUCGGCAGAGAUUCGACCAGUACCCAAGGUGACCACCACGUUCUCAGAGUCGUGUGCAUUCUUGAUUCGUCUCCAGAGCUUAUCAACUUCUAGAUCUUCUCUAUAAGAGCAAUUGAGAGGUGAGUCCACGUUGUCAAGCAAGGUUAUGGAGAUAGCGUAUGUGAAGAGGGAUAACAAAAC